AUGUUGAGCAUGAUACGUUUCAGAGCUGUUGGUUGUCAAUCUGCUUUUCGUUCUGCAGUUUUGGCCGGCCAUUUUGGCCCAGCAAGGUCGCUGAGCACAGUAGUAAACAGUUCCGAACCCAAUACUACUGAAAAGGAUGAUUCCAAGAAUCCCAUCUCACAACAGGAGAUUCAAGAUCUGUCGAGCGCUCUUGAGGAGCCCGAAUUUAGCAUAUUUCCCUCGAUCCACGAUGUGAAGCCUGAGGAACUAGUUGGACACGCUCCCUUUGGUGUAAAAUCCUAUUUUGUAGAAAGGUCUGCAACCGGGAACCUGCCAGUUUACACAGAUGUCAAAAGAGAUGGCAAGAUAGUCACUGAGAUUCGGAGAAUUCGUGGUGAUCCUGUGCAACUGAGAAAUGACCUUCAGGGCUUUUUGAAGCAUAUACCAAAAAACAAGUUUAGAGUCAUGAUGGAGUCCAGAAAGGUGAUCAUACAGGGCGAUGUUGUAAAACGUGUGAAGCAGGUGUUGUCCACUACGUUCUGA